AUGGCAACGGAACAAAGCAGAAGAUUUCUAUUUACAUCGGAGUCUGUGGGAAAAGGACACCCAGAUAAAAUAUGCGACCAAAUAAGUGACUCAAUUGUGGAUGCAUGCCUUGAGCAGGACAGAUUCUCCAGAGUGGCUGUGGAUGCAGUCAUUAAGUCCGGCAUGGUCAUGCUGGUUGGUGAGCUCACUACAAGCGCAGUGGUUGACUUUGAGGAAAUAGCAAGAGAAGUUCUGCGGGAUGCAGGGUACACGCACGAGUGGGGACUAGACCCAGAAGCAUGCACUAUUCUCACGCACAUCACAAAGCAAAGCAUGGACAUAUCAAAUGGCCUUGAGCAGACAAAUGUGGAUAGAUGGGACUUAGGAGCAGGAGACCAGGGAAUUAUGUUUGGAUACGCAACAGACGAAACCCCAGAGAGAAUGCCCCUAACAGCAUCACUAGCACAUACACUUGGAAAGGAGCUGGCAGUUCUAAGAAAAACAGUUGCAUGGCUGGGACCAGACAGCAAGACACAAGUAACCAUGGAGUACGAAGAGAGCGAGAAGGACGGAAUAUCCGUGCUUGUCCCAAUAAGAGUAGACACAAUUGUCAUAUCCACACAGCACAAGGAAGAGGUGGAGACAGAGUACAUUAGGGAAUUCCUGGUGGAAAAUCUAAUUAAAAAGGUCGUUGCCCCAGAGCUGCUUGUAAACACAAAGUACGUGCUGCAACCAAGCGGUAAAUUUGUGGUUGGUGGGCCAAAGGCAGACUCAGGCCUGACUGGGCGUAAGUUAGUAGUGGACUCAUACGGUGGCUGGGGUGCCCACGGAGGAGGUGCAUACUCAGGAAAAGACUGGAGCAAAGUUGACAGGACUGGGGCAUACGCAGCCAGAUGGAUUGCUAAGUCUCUUGUUGAUGCAGGCCUGUGCAAAAGAGUAUUAGUGCAGGUGUCAUAUGCAAUUGGUGUAAGAGACCCAAUCUCCUUGUACAUCGAUACAUAUGGCUCCUCUUCAUUCACAAACCAGAAGAUCCUUGCAGUAGUAAAGGAGAACUGGUCCCUGCGCCUGGGUGACAUUGUGAAGACCCUGCACCUGGACAGACCCAUCUACAGGGCAACCUCUGUCUUCGGACAUUUUGGAAGGAGCGAGUUCCCAUGGGAGCAGUCAAAGUCUUUAGACAUAUCCGUCGUAUCUGCACAGGAGAAUGGAAGAUCACAUUCCCUAAAGAAAUAG